AUGGUCCAGCAAGCGGAGGUUCGUUCGUUUGGCUUCCGGCUCCCACACUCCACGUGCCAUCUGGCGGCGGACCAUGUCCUACCGAGGCGAAUGCUGCAACUGCUGCUUUUGCUGCUGCUCUACUGCAGCGGGUUUGCCGAUGGUAGCUGGUGGCGCAUUGCCGACCUAUCGCUAGAUCCAGCACACUUCCAUCGGGACAAUCGGAGCUAUGAGCUGUGUGGCGAUACGACCUUUUUCACCGAAAACCAACGGGACACCUGUUACAACAAUCCGGAACUGUUGAAGGUGAUCGUGCAUGCUGCCAACACAGCGAAAUAUGAGUGCCAAUCGUACUUCCAAAACAAUCGCUGGAACUGCUCGGCGAAACGCGGUUCCGCCAUUUACUACGGGAAUUUCGACGACAAGGGCAACCGUGAGACUGCAUACUUAAGCGCAAUCAAUUCUGCGUCGCUUGCCUGGACGAUCACUCGUUUCUGUACGAAGGGUGAACUGACAACGUGCCAGUGUGAUCGCAUUAUACGCAGCAAGCACAGCAACAAAUGGACCUGGGGCGGUUGCUCCGAGGAUAUCAAGUAUGGCCUCAAGCAGGCACGCACGUUUACCGACCCGCAGGAGAACCGUACCACGAGCUUUGGGCUGAUGAACCUACACAAUAAUGAAGCAGCACGACGAAUAUUACGGUCUAGAAUGGAGAAAGUGUGCAAAUGCCACGGAAUGUCCGGAUCGUGUACGACGCGUGUCUGCUGGCGACGACUACCCUCCAUGAAGCUGAUCGCCGACACGCUCGGUUCGAUGUUCGAUGCAGCGGCACAAGUAAAGCCAGUUGAAAAGAAUAGCAUUAUUAAGAAGUUGACGCGCAUGGAUCUCAACUACAAGAGGGUGAACAAGUCCGAUUUGGUGUAUAUUGCGGAAUCGCCUAACUACUGCGAGGAAAAUGAAAGCUUGGGCAUCUUCAGUACACGUGGCCGUUUCUGCAACCGAACAUCGUACGGUAUCGAAGGAUGUCGGCUACUGUGCUGUGGCCGAGGCUACCAGACACGCGUACGCAAUGUGGAGGAAAAGUGCAACUGCAAGUUCGUCUGGUGCUGCUCGGUCAAGUGUGACACAUGCAGCAUGCGCAAGGACGAACACAUCUGCAACUAA